CAAUGACAGUCGCUGACUGGAGCUCAGUAAAAUCAGUAAAAUACUUGGUAAAGUCUGCUUAAACGUUAGGUGUCAGUGUUUGUGGAUGAGUGAGUGGAAACAAAUACAAUUGAUCGGAAAACUGCUUGGUCACGAUCACUCAAUACUUCUUGUGAAAAGUGCGAAAAGAUGAAGUAAAAUGGCACCCAGUUUUAGCAAAUAUGUGACAAGAAACAAUGCUCUUGCAGCCGCUGGAGCAUCGACAGCUUUAUUAUGGAUUUUAAUAUCACGACGAAGAAAAAAUUUGUACAAACUGGACAGGAGAAAAGUCAGGAAAACCGUGGAUGAAGAAGUGAAAUAUUUUAUAUCUGAGAAGAAAGAAAAUAGGAUUAAGGCGCAAGUUGAUAGGCAAUUUCUUAAGCAACUUAAUCACCUACUUAGAAUAAUUAUCCCAGGAUGGACUUCACCUGAGGCGGGAUUUCUAUUCCUUGUAGCUGCGAGUUUAGUGGCUAGAUCUGUGUGUGAUUUAUGGAUGAUAGAUAAUGGAACGAAAAUAGAAAGUGCUAUAGUUUCAAUGGACAAGAGUCUUUUCAAAAAGCGCCUUAUAAAAUUCAUCGUGGCCCUUCCAUUAAUUGCAGUAGUAAACAACACGCUCAAAUUUUCAAUCGGCGAACUAAAACUAAGACUUCGCACGAAUAUGACACGUCGUCUUUACGAAGAGUACCUCAAAAACUUCACCUAUUACCGCAUGUCCAACCUAGACAAUCGCAUCAGCAACGCCGACCAACUUCUAACCACCGACGUCGAUAAAUUCUGCGAAAGCGUAUCAGAGCUUUAUUGCAACACUGCCAAACCACUCCUCGACAUUGGCAUCUACGUCUAUAAAUUAUCCUCAACUCUGGGCGGAAGCACGCCGGCUUUGAUGCUUGGUUAUUUAUUCGUUUCUGGGGCUGUCUUAACUCACUUGAGGAAACCCACAGCUAGACUAACAGCCGGCGAACAGAAACUAGAAGGCGAGUUCAGACAUAUCAACUCACGAUUGAUAACGCAUUCUGAGGAGAUAGCCUUCUACAAUGGGAACGCGCGCGAAAAGGCGACCUUGUUGUCUAGCUAUAACAAACUGUUAAACCAUUUGAGGAAGUUUCUCCGGUUUAGGGUCUUUAUGGGCGUUAUUGAUAAUCUCGUAGCGAAAUAUUUCGCAAGUGUUGUCGGGUUCUGGGCUGUGUCUUUACCAUUUUUAUCGCAAGGACAUACACUUGCCGGUUCGCAACAUGGCGAAAGGUCUCGAUUGUAUUACACUUAUGGGCGCAUGUUGGUAAAACUGGCAGAAGCUAUAGGUCGUUUGGUCCUAGCAGGCCGUGAGUUGACCAGAUUGGCUGGUUUUACAGCACGCGUGACGCAACUAAGACAAGUGCUAGAUGAACUAAAUCAAGGGAAUUACGAACGUACGAUGGUGACAGGAGCCGAAAAUUUGAAGGCAAACGGAGGCAAGUUCAUCUUCCAGAACAAUGUGAUUAAGUUUGACCGGGUUCCUUUGAUUACUCCUAAUGGUGAUGUUUUGAUUAAAGAGAUCACUUUUGAGAUCAAAUCUGGAAUGAAUGUCUUAGUUUGUGGGCCUAACGGAGCUGGGAAAUCGUCCCUGUUUCGCGUUUUGGGCGAAUUGUGGCCUUUAUUUGGCGGUGAAUUAACGAAACCGCCACGUGGAAAACUAUUCUAUAUCCCGCAAAGGCCCUACAUGACUUUGGGUUGCUUGCGCGAUCAGUUGACUUAUCCACAUUCGGGUUCGGAGGCUUUGAGGCGUGGAACCAGUGAUAAACAAUUGGAGGAACAUCUGCACAGAGUUCAGUUGGGGUAUUUGUUGGAGCGCGAAGGAGGCUUGGACGCCAUUGCUGAUUGGCUGGAUGUGUUGAGUGGAGGGGAGAAACAACGUAUAGCGAUGGCGCGAUUGUUUUAUCAUAAGCCACAGUUUGCGAUUUUGGAUGAAUGCACUAGUGCUGUUUCGGUGGAUGUUGAAGGAAGCAUGUACAAGUAUUGUAGAGAAGUUGGUAUAACACUGUUGACAGUGUCACAUAGGAAGUCAUUAUGGCAACAUCACGAAUAUGUUUUACAUUUGGAUGGGAGAGGAGCAUACUCUUUCCGGCCUAUUGAAGAUGUAACAGAGCAAUUUGGGUCUUAAUUAGCUUUAAAAUCUAGGAAAAUUUAUACAAUAACUAAAACAGGGGGACAUGACAAAUGCGGUUUCCCAUUGAAAAUAUUGAAGAAACCGCAUUUUUUGUUCAUGGCCUACUUUUGAUGUAAAAGAACGUAUAUCAAGAAAUGAAAUGAUAUGUCAAAACCUACGUGAUCGAUAGCCACAGCUUCCUUGAUAAAUGAAAUUUUUGUUACUAUAAUUACACAAUUAAGUGUCUUUUUGUGUUAGUAAACUUCUGCGCUCACAUCACAACCAUAGCAGCUGAAAAAAUUGUUUUCCUCUACAGUGGCUUCUUCACAGAAGAAAAAAUAUGAAUAACCUACUUUACUGAUCGAAAAAGCUGUGAAAGUGACUUUUUUUAAGCUUACGUUACGUUAAACUUGAAUUGUUUGACGCCAAUAUCAUCAUCAAAAAUCCUAUCAAUCAACAUGAAAAAAAUAAAAACAGUACUAUAUUUAAAAAACAAGUUUUAUAAGACAGUCAUUGACGCAUGAAUUUAUAUUUAAAAAGCGAGUGGCGAAGCCACGACUUGUUUUAAACAAUGGUGCUUCAAGCUUAGCCAUUGAAUCUUUUCAUUUUCAAUGCGUGCACAAACUACCAAGGAAGUUAGAAAAAUAACCUAGGGAUAACAAGCGACAAUUUAUUUCACUUUGGAAUCAAACAUAAAUUAACGCCAAAAAACGUUUUUUUUUCCCAAAUUUUAAUAUUUUUGGAGAGGCAGGAUAAGUUACUAAAAAACUUCAUGUUUCAGUUUAUCUUCUUUGAUUUAACUUAUUAUCGCUCUUAUUUAAAAAUAGUUUAAUUUAUUUUUUACAAGAAUCUGACUAUUUUAAUAAUUGUUCUUUUUCUGCCGAUUUAGGCCUUGUUUCUGGAAACAUAUUUAAGAGAGAUAUAAAUUUAAACCUCAGUUAAAACAUAGCAACGCCAAUCAGAUACACACUACUUUAGCAACUAACGAAGUGAUAAUGAUAACAUUUAACUGAAGUUUUAUCGUGCUUAGUGCUAGGAAUCGCAAAAAGGCUGAUUUCUUAUUAGAGAGAGAAAAACUUUUAAAAUUGUUUGUUGAUGCGGAAAAUCACAAAACAAGUUGUAAGUUCGACUUACCUUAUCUAAAAUCGAUUAAAAAAUUGUUUAAUUUAUGCAAAAAUAAGGUUUGAAAUGAGUUAUUUUGCUUUGUUUCGCUCAAUCUGGCUUUUUUAGAGAAUUUGUUUUUUAUUAAAGCUAUUCUUUGUGAUUUGCCUUUUUGUCAUUUGAUUGGUCAAUUUUGGGUUUUUUGUGGUGGCAUCUUCUAGUCAGCUUUUGUGUUAUCUUAUGUAAAUUGUGUUAGAAUAAGACAUAAUUUAAGACUUUUCUUCUUAAUCUCCUCUUGACGCAGCUCUAAAAAAAUAAGACACUUGUAAAGUUUCAAAUCCAAAACUCUUAGAGGCUGCUAUAGCACGAAAGUAUGUACAAAAAAUACUUUAAAAAUAAGUCUUAUAAAGCGAGUUUUUGUAAGCUAUUUUUGAUAAUUAGUUGCUUUUAUGUUGUUUUAUUCAAAAAUUUGCCAUGCGAUCAAUUUAGUGACUUGUAAUAUAUAACACUAUAAUUUGGUAAGCAAUAUUCAACUAAUUGCCUUUUGUGUUAUUUUCUUAUUUAAAUUCUAUUAGAAGAAAUAAGAUUCCUCUUCUAAAGAUACUAUUUAAUUUAAAUAAAAAAAAUCUUUUGGUAUGGAAUUAAACCCAGGUACUUGAUUUACACAACGCUCUUGAUAUACAUUCUUUUACAUUAAAUAUCAUACGAUCGAGGAAAUUUAUCUUCCAGAAAGCCGUGAAAUGUUUUUUGCCAAUAUAAAUUAUAUGGAAAGGAACAAAGUCAUAGCCUUGUAGAGAAUAAAUUUUCUCCAUCAUAUUGUACUUCGUACAGUAAUGUUCUUCCCUAUUUGACAUGGUGGUUUUAUAGUUAAAGUGGCGCACAAACAUAUUUAACAAUUAUUUUUUAUGUUAUGUAUUUAUAUGACUUGGAUUUUAAAAGACCGUCUAUUUAUAGAAAAAUAUACAUUGUGGGAUUUUAUAAAAUGUUUGCAAAAAUAUAUUAAAUGAAACCAU